CAAUUAAUUAUUAUUUUUUGUGUUUCUUCGAUUCCUCUUCCAGUCUUUUGUUACUUCUUCUUUUUCCUGUUCGCCCUCUCUCUCUCUCUCAAAACGAAUUGGGGCCAGGGGCAGGCAACCCAUUUGAAAAAGAGGAAGUGAAUUUUAUUUUCUAGGGUUUCUUUCUAAUUAUUUCCCUACCCACCUCCUCCCCAUUUCCCAGAUCAUAAUAAUUCGCCGGAAAGUUGCGAUUUUGGGGCUUGGGGUUUUGGCUUCUCCUUUCUGCCUCCUCCAGUCUCUUCUUCCUCACGGAUCUCAUCCUUUUUUUUUCUUGAAUGUGUAAGUGUCAAAAGCUGCUCUCGUCCUUCUUUCGUUGCUCCCUUCAAUUCGAAGCUCGUCUGUGUUUACAUAUGCAUACAACUUCACCAGCUGAUGAGUGGUGGAAAUGAUGGAGCUGCCAGCUGCGUGAAGAUUGAUUCUUUCCUCCUUUUCUGAGUUGUCGAUGGUCUGCUGUUCGAGUUAGGGGGUUUCCGUUGAAUUCAAGGUGUAGUUACGGGAGAUUUUGAGCUUUUGAAGGGGUUGAAUUUUGAUUUUAGGUCGCGUGGAUUUGGUUGGGAGGAGGGUUAGGGUUUUCUAUCGGGGGCAAGAGAGAUGAUCAAACAGAUAUUGGGCAAGUUACCUCGCAAACCUUCGAAAUCUUCGAGUAACGACAAUAACAGUGAUGGUGGGUUUAAUAAUGCUUAUUCUUCUUCGUCUGUCAAUUCGGGUUAUGGAGCCAAUUCCAUUAACAGCUCAAAACCAGCUCCAGCGGCUUCGAAAUCGGCCAAUUCAGGUUCAGGGGCAUCACAUUUGAACAACGGGAACAAAGUCAAUCAAGGGAAAAGAGUGCCGCUCAAUACAGUCAAUGCCCUGGCUUCUGGGGCUUAUGAGGCAUUGCCUAGUUUCCGGGAGGUUCCUAAUACGGAGAAGCUGAAUCUCUUCAUCAGAAAGCUGCAAAUGUGUUGUGUUGUAUUCGAUUUCAGUGACCCAACUAAGCAUCUCAAGGAGAAAGACAUCAAGCGGCAGACUUUGCUCGAGCUAGUCGAUUACGUUUCCUCUGCAACGAUGAAGUUCAACGAGAUAGCAAUGCAAGAGAUUACCAAAAUGGUUGCUUCUAAUCUCUUCAGAACUCUUCCCGCCACGAAUCAUGAAAACAAGAUACUUGAAAUGUAUGAUAUGGAAGAGGAAGAGCUGACUAUGGAACCCGCUUGGCCUCAUCUUCAGAUUGUUUACGAGUUUCUACUUAGAUUCGUGGCCUCGGCAGAGACUGAUGCGAAACUUGCCAAGAGAUACAUCGACCAUUCUUUUGUUUUGAGAUUGCUCGACUUGUUUGACUCUGAGGAUCAAAGAGAGAGGGAGUAUUUGAAGACGAUAUUGCAUCGUAUAUAUGGGAAAUUCAUGGUGCAUCGCCCUUUUAUCCGGAAGUCCAUCAACAAUAUCUUCUACAGGUUCAUUUUUGAAACAGAGAGGCAUAACGGGAUUGCAGAGUUGCUGGAGAUAUUGGGCAGCAUUAUUAAUGGGUUUGCUUUGCCAUUGAAGGAAGAACAUAAGUUGUUUCUUGUUCGUGCAUUGAUUCCACUUCACAAGCCAAAGUGUAUAUCCAUGUAUCACCAGCAGCUCUCCUACAGCAUUACUCAGUUUGUUGAGAAGGAUUUCAAGCUGGCUGAUACCGUGAUUCGUGGUCUUUUGAAAUAUUGGCCUGUUACUAAUAGUUCUAAGGAGGUGAUGUUCCUUGGUGAGUUAGAGGAAGUUUUGGAAGCUACUCAAGGAGCAGAGUUUCAGCGCUGUAUGGUCCCACUGUUCCGACAAAUUGCUCGCUGCCUCAACAGCUCACAUUUUCAGGUGGCUGAACGAGCAUUGUUUCUAUGGAACAAUGAUCACAUACGAAACCUAAUCACUCAGAACCAGAAAGUAAUACUGCCGAUAAUCUUCCCAGCACUGGAAGAAAACACAAGGGGUCACUGGAACCAAGCCGUUCAGAGCCUGACGCUAAAUGUACGGAAGAUAUUCUCCGACUCAGACCCAGAACUCUUUGAGGAGUGCCUUGCAAAAUUCCAAAAAGAUGAAGCCAAGGAGAGAGAAGCGCAAGAGAAGCGACAAGUCAUCUGGAAGAAGUUGGAAGACGUUGCGGCCUCCAAAUCUGUGACAACCAAUGCUGCUGUGCUCGUCUCGAGGUUCGCCACCUCGGUUGCUAUUCCAAGCGGAACGAGUCCACGGGGUUCGAGUGCCAGUUGAGGAAUAACAGCAAGUAACUGCAAAGUUGCAGACUCUUUUGGAUCCUUUGAUGAGAGGUUGGUGGUGGCCUCAUUGAUUUGCUAAUGAUGGAAAUCUUUUUCCUGGUCUCACUUCUCCUCAGGCUUCUCAGUGUAUAAAGCCAUGUUGCACGGGGAUAAAGAAAACAGCUGUGGUUCCUUGUGAUAGAUAGGGUACAAUCUCAGUGGAGGUGUGUGUAUUAUAUGGGAUUUGAUGAUAGAAGGUAGCAACUAUUUGGGAUUUCUACCUGAUAAUAUUUUUAUUGUUCCUGUAUUAAUUUAACACAAAGAAAUAUUGUUUCCAUAA